AUGUCUGCAGAGGAGAGCGGGCCAGGGGUGUCCUUGGGGUCAGGGCUGUCCUUGGGGUCGGGGGUGUCCCUGGGGCUGGGGGUGUCCCUGGUGCCAGAGCCCACCAGUGGGCCGCGGUGCCCGCCCCCCACCUGCAGGCCCCUGCACGCCAAGGCUGAGCAGCACCUUAUGUGUGAGGAGCACGAGGACGAGCGGAUCAACAUCUACUGCCUGCGCUGCGAGGCACCCACCUGCUCCCUCUGCAAGGUCUUCGGGGCCCACAAGGACUGCGAGGUUGCGCCGCUCCCUGCUGUCUACCAGCGCCAGAAGAGCGAGCUCAGUGAUGGCAUUGCCAUGCUGGUGGCAGGGAACGACCGCAUCCAGGCCAUCAUCACCCAGAUGGAGGAGAUCUGCCACACCAUCGAGGAGAACGGCCGGCGGCAGAAGCAGCAGCUGGGGCUGCGUUUUGACGCCCUGUGCAGCAUCCUGGAGGAGCGGAAGAAGGAGCUGCUGCAGAGCAUCGCACAGGAGCAGGAGGCCAAGGUGCAGCUUGUGAGGGGCCUCAUCCGGCAGUACGGAGACCACCUGGAGGCCUCCUCCAAGCUGGUGGAGUCGGCCAUCCAGGCCAUGGAAGAGCCCCAGAUGGCUGUGUACCUGCAGCACUCCAAGGAGCUCCUGAAAAAGAUCACAGACAUGUCCAAGGUGUCCAUGAGCAGCCGCCCAGAGCCAGGCUACGAGAACAUGGACCACUUCUCUGUCAACGUGGACUAUGUGGCUGAGAUGCUGAGGACCAUCGAGUUCCAGACAGAGCCACUGGGUGAUGACGAGGCAGAUGGACCUGGGGACAGCAGUGAGGCAGUGGGGGAUGAGGACCAGCUGGACAGUCUGGAGGUGCCUGAAGCUGUGGAG